AUGUUCGAGUGGGGGUUGGACCUUACAAUCAGGGGAAGAGUUCUUCCGCAACGACUCCCCACAUUUGCUGAGGUGCUGGAUACGGCGUUAGAGUCUAAGAGAGAAGUAACAGACGCUAGAAAGGCUUGGAACAAGAGGAGAGGGAGUCAGACGUCUGUUGGACCUCAGGGGAACCAAAAAGGAAACAUAACGCCAAAUCCCUACUCCAGACCACAACCACAACAGCAACAGAUCCAGAGAGGAGGCUAUCAACAAAGGCCGACGGGACAAAUCCAGUGCUUUCAUUGCCAACAAUUAGGGCACAAAAAGAGCGAAUACCCCCAACUCCCUCCAUCUAGGUACCAAGGAAGAGGUUCCGGAGCAAAUGCCCAGGCAUUAGGUGGGCAGAAGCCUUGGAUGAAUAAGACAGGAUCGACUGGACUGCAGCACCAGACGAAUGGGGGAACUCAAAACACCAAGACCAAUGGCAACCAGAAGGCAACCGACAGAGUCUUUGCAUUGCAAGAGGAAGAAGCAGACCCGUCUGUUAUUAAGGGUAAUUUAGUAUUAUACAAUUCAUGGGUACAUGUCUUAUUUGAUACUGGUGCAUCACAUUCCUUUAUAUCCUCUACUUGCACUCAGUCAUUAGGACUUGUAUGUGAACCCUUAGAAACUGCCUUAAAUGUAAUGUCACCUAUGGGAGGAUGCAUUCGGAUAGGAUUGAUCUGUAAGGACUGUAAGAUAGGAAUGUCAAACCUACACUUAACGUGCAACCUUCGUGUCAUGGAAAUGUCAGACUUCGAUAUUAUUUUUGGGCAUGGACUGGUUGUCUGCCCACCGAGCAGUGAUCAACUGUCAUCAGAGAAAAGUGGUAGAUCACACACUAGAUGGAACUCGUUUCCAGUUUAA